UUAUCAACAUUUCAUGUUAUUAUGGUACAUUUGUCACGAUUAAUGAACCAACAAUGAUGCAUUAUUAUUAACUGAACUCUAUUUCAUUCCAGUUUCACCAAUGUAUUAAGGUUCUCCGGAGAACUGGAACCACUAAGAUGCAUCUAUAUCCAGGUCUAGAGCACAUCUUUAUCCUUACUUACAGACUUAUAUAUAUAGAGAGAGAUAGAUAGGUGGCAAGCACUUGUCUGGACAGACCUUCCCACCCAGAGCGCACAGGGAGAGGGAAGGCCAGGCCCUUGCUCCCUGGAGGCCAGGAGAGGCCCCUGGAGCUGGUGCCAAGAGGCUGAGCGACCUUCAGCCAAAGCUCAGGUCACAGGAAUGUGAAAUCUGGCCUCUGGUGGCCGGAAGGGGAACCGCCUGCUCUCCCGGAGGAAUACAAAAUUGAAGCUGCGGUGGCUGUUGAAUACUUGAAUUUCUACAGGCACUGGUUUGUGGGCGAUCAGGAGGCAGCUUUUUCAAAGUGAAAGUAGAUGAUCCAGUCAUUUCCUUGACAACUAGAAUGGAGUGACUCACGGAGACUGGGACUCGGCCUUAACUUUGAUACAUCAACAAAUUAAUCCACUGUGGUUCAGUUGUUGCAUUUCCGUUUACACCAAAAAGUAGGUCCUGUCUGCAAAUGAACAGCCCUAAAUGUACCCACUGAGCGGAAUUUUUUCAUCUCUCUAUAUAAGGAACUACCAUAGAACUGUUCUAUGGCUACAUGGUUUGUAAUUAGAGCUUAAACGUUCCACCACAUCAAGUUUUAACGUUUGUAGGAUGCAUCCUGUAAGUUGUGUACAUUUUCCUAGACUGUAGGGCUGAUGUAGGAGUUGAUAGUUUACAGGGAAUUAAAGAUGUUCCAUAUAUUGCAUGAAAGAACAGCACAAUAAUGCAUGACUGGAAGACAGAGAAACCAACGAAGCAAAACAAGACAUAAAAAGAAAAACAAAAGAAGAGGACUAUCAGAAGGAUCUGGGAAACACAAUUUUCCUGUAAAAAUCAAAGAUCCUUUACCUACACAUUUUACAAGAAAUGUGCAGAAAGCCAUUGAUAAAUAUACCUGUGAGUCCGUGUCAUCGUUUUCAUCCAGUGGAAGCCCCACACCCACAGAAGCCCACAGCUCUUGGUCCGGGUCUGCGACGCAGAGUUCGACCUCGACCACAGGUUUAUCUACCGAAAGGAGCUCCAUUUGCUCAUGGAGAGAUGAAGAGUUUGACAAAGCCAGUGCACAGAAAGUACAGCAGUUAUUCUGGGAGAUCGAGGAAAUGUUAUUCGAAGGGAAAGUGAGCCCACAGACCCAGAACCUCAUGGCUGAAUGCAGCGAGUGGGUGAGACGAUCCAUCCAUCUGAGGUAGGGGGGUAAUUCGUAGUAAUUCACC